GCUAAUGAAAUAUGAAAUAUUACUUAAAUUUUUCUGUAUCAUUUUAAUAUGUGAGGCGUGAAACUAAAGGUGAUCUUGGUUAGGCUGAUGUGAAAAUUGCUGCCAGAAGCUGGUGUGAAAUGGGUGCUUUCUAUUUGGAUUAAUUUCGGACUAAUGUUUAAAACCCGAGAUUGUUUCUGGACCGAAAAAGCACACGUCUCGUUGUGAAUUAGAUUAGAUCAGUGACUAAAGCACACAUUUGUCUUUGUGUGAUCUUAGUUAUGUUUGGUGGCUUUCCACCUGGGAACACAUUUGUCUUGCGUGAUCUGGCUAUGGAUUCCUUAGAAGUUUCAAUCUUCCCUGUCUGGCCGACUAUUGGACUGGUUUAAGAACCCGAUUAAUGUUUCGAGUAACCACCAAUGUUUUACUCCACAAAACGAUGCCAAAACAGCAACGAAAAUAUACAAUGGUUAUUGGCAAAAAUUAAACUCACCAAGAAUUUCGUGAUUAUUGUAUCCAUGAAUGGCUUGUUAAAGGAUAAGUCAUAACUCACACAUUCUAUAUUUCUGAUGGUUACCCUAUAUUCCAGGAUACUUGCCCAUUUGUAGGCGUAACUACCUGAACUGCUUUAAGCUUAUUUCUUCUUUCACCUUGCUAUUAAUUCCUUUUCUUCUGUUCAUUCUUCUGCUACGUAAUUAAACCAAGAAGACAUGGAACCUUACAAUAAUUUAAAGAAGCCGCUUAUCGCCUCAUUCUUCUUGCUCAUCAACUUUGCACAUGCCUUUUCAGCAUCAACCCCCUCUUCAGAAGAUCCCACAAAAACUACAUUUAUUGUGCGCCCUUUAUUAAAAGAACCCCCAAGUAGCGAAGACAUCUAUAAGAAGUCCCAUUCUGUUCCUGCUGUUGCUGUUUCAGGAACCACAAAACCCAAUCCUCAACUCAAGAAAAUAUGCGACAAAACUGAUUAUCCUUCUCUUUGCCUAUCAUCAAUUACCCCUUUCUUCACAGGCAAGACUGAAAUCAUUUCUGUGCUUCGGAUGGCAAUAGAUGCGGCAAUUAAACAAACAGAAGUAGCCAUUUCUGCUGCUCAGAAAAUAGUUAAUUCAUCGAACAAUCCUCCUGAAACAGCAUCUAUCCUUCAGGAUUGUAUUGAAACUUAUACUGAUGCUAUAGAUAAUUUCCACAGCGCAGAGGAAGCAAUUCCAGAAAAAGAUAUUGGCACCAUUAAUACCAUGCUUAGUGCUGCUGUUGCGGAUUAUGAGACAUGUAAUGAUGAGUCUGGUGGAUCUAGUCCAAUGACUAGCUAUGGUGAGAAGCUUGUUAACAUGACUAGCAAUUGCUUGGUCAUUGCUUCUUUGAUAAAAUGAUUUCACUAUAUGUCGCCUAGUGAACCAUAUAUAGGAAUGUUAGAAGACUCUUUUAGCUGCAUUUUCAGAUUAGUGUUGGAUUUGUAACAUUUCUUGUUAUUAGCAAACGCCAAUAUGAGAUAUUAGAAAGAAAAAAAAAAGUUUGAACUUGUUGCCUAA